CUUCAGUGUGUGAGGAAAUUCUGAAUCACUGUGAGCUGUAGAAAGUCAGAGCCAGAGCUGAAGCCACCGCUCUGCCGUGAGUUUUACACCGUUUCACGGCUUUAUGACGGAGAAAACCGGAGCCGCGUUAGCUGUUAACUCCUCGUCUGCUGUGGAAAUGAGCGAGUAAUUUAAGUGUGUGUGCUUGGUUGUGAUGGCGGAGCUCCCGUCUGGACUGCUGGAGGCCUGUGUGGUGGUUGGAGCCCCCAGCGAUAAGCUCCGAGACAUACACCAGCUUCAUCAACAGAGCAACUUAAACGAACUCCCCCUGCUGGAAGCUGAGGUACUGCAGGUCCAUGCCCCACCCUUUGUUUCCAAGGAGACCAACUCGAGCCAGGUGAUUGGUCCAGCUUUCAGCCGUGUCCAGAGGAGGAGGAGCUUCAUCAAGAAGAAGAGACGAGAUCGUGGUGCAGAGACGCUGUCUAAUGGAGAAGCAUCCAGUCGUGCUGAAGUGUCGUCAACGACAGAAGACAUUAGUGUUCCAAAGGAUCUGGAUUUAAUCGCCUUGCCACAGCUCUGUUUUCCUGGUGGUCUUCAGUUAGCCAAUGAACAGAAAGAAGACAGCUACCACUUCCUGGUUUUUACUGACCUCUUUGGCAACCGAACCCAUGGGGUUGUUGUGCAGUGCUACAGAACUGUACAGUCCUGUCAGGAAGGUGCUUUCCAGAAUGGCCACAGGUGGAAUUCAACCAAGUCCCGACUUUACACACCUUUUGCUCUGUGCAUCAUUUCUAAGUUCCCCUACUACAACGCCCUGAGAGACUGCUUGUCAUGUCUCCUGGUUCAGCUGCGACCUGCAAGACAAGCAGACUUUGAGGAGACGAUCAAGGAGUUUUCAGCCAAGCUCUCCCUGGUGCCCUUACCGCCUCCUGGACAGCUGCAUGUGUCUUUUAGUCUCCGUCCUCUCCAAGUGGUUCUUCCUUCCAGGGAGGAUCAGGACAGCCCUGUUAUUGACAUCGACUUGCAUCUACCAUUCCUGUGUUUCACACACACAACACUGCUUCAGGUGCUGUCCUGCCUCCUCCAAGAGCAGAGACUGGUCUUCUUCUCAUCUGACUGGGCCAGACUCACUCUGGUUGCAGAGAGUCUGUUGUUGUACCUGCAGCCUCUGUCCUGGCAGCAGCCUUAUGUUCCUGUCUUGGCAAGAGGAAUGUUGGACUUUGUCAUGGCUCCUACGGCAUUCCUGAUGGGCUGUCACAUCAGUCAUUUUGAAGAGGUUGCUGCUGAGACAGAAGACCUAAUCUUGGUGAAUGUUGAUGAUGGCAUCAUUCAGUCGUCAUGCUCUGAGUCCAUCGAUCUGCCUGCCAUCCCUCUGGCUGCAGCUGAGAGUUUUAUUUCGAGGACAGAGUGUCUCCAGCUUCACUAUGACUUGGAGCUGUGCCAUCUUGGAGUGGGGACCGAUGCUAACGCCCUGCGAUCCCAACGUAGAGACUGGCAGAGGCGGCUUAACUCCCAGAUACAGAAUAUUGCCCUGGAGCUGGUGGUCAACAUCUUCAGAGGGGUCCAGGACUUCCUAAACCAUGAACACCGAGUUUUUAACAGUGAGGAGUUUCUGAGAACGAGGGAGCCGGCAGACCAGUUGUUUUACAAGAAGGUAUUAGAGACGCAUAUCUUCCACUCAUUCUUGCGAGACAGGCUCAACAGGAAAUGGGACACCUUCAGCCGCAUGGAGCAGAACACGCGUAACCAUGCACACAGCAGGAUUCGUGCAAUGACAGAAACUCCUCGCCGUCCUCCAAUGUCUGAACUGUCCAGGACUGGCUACAGCAGCUACACCAGUCCUGACAGCAGACUGAGCAAGAGGCUGGGAGCCAGUCUGCCUAAUCUGGAGCAACCCUCCAAUGACACGAUAACCAUCAUCAGCUCCAACAGACCAGAGUCCAUGAGGAAGAUGAGUCCUGAUGCUGGGUUGAAGUCCCCUAAGAAAGCUGUUAAGGUUUUCCGUCUCCCAGAGUUUCCACCUCCACUGGCCUAUCAUUAUGUCCAGAACUAUUAUUCUGACAUGGCUGCCUCACUGGGGAAGGCUAUUAAUGCUACACCACCUGAUGAAUCUGCCCUGCUAGCCAGGUACCAUUACCUUCGUGGUUUGGUAAACACUGUGUCCAACAGGCGUGUUGAUGCAUUAGAAGACUUCCAGAGCCUUUACAAGACCGACUCAGAUAUCUUCCCUUCUCAGAUGGUUAAGUCCUUGGUAGACUCCCUGCCAGACGUUGAACGUUUACAGGCGGACAGACGACCGGAGCUCAAACGACUUAUCAGUCGCGUCAAGAGGGACCAGGAACUAGAACGCGCGUCCCACGGCAACAGUCACGAGGAAGGCGCUGUAAAACGCUUUCAGCUGCCCAAAAAAUUUAUGCAGCUGGAGGAGUUUGUGAAAUGUGUCCAGGAGUCUGGCAUUGUAAAGGACCAAGGAACCAUUCACAGACUGUUUGACGCUCUGACUGUUGGUCAUCAGAAGCAGGUCGCUCCAGACUUGUUCAGAGUGUUUUACACCAUCUGGAAGGAGACUGAGGCUGAAGCACAAGAGGUUUGUCUGCCAGCAUCAGUGUUGGAGCACAUCGAGACCACCGAAUGUGUCUUCAAGUUGUCCUCGUCAGUCAAGACAAGUCGCGGCGUGGGUAAGAUCGCUAUGACUCAACGCCGGCUCUUCCUGCUGACCGAUGGACGACCAGGAUAUGUGGAGGUGGCGCAGUACCGAGAUUUAGAGGAGGUGAAGGUGUCCUCAGCUCCCUUUCUGCUCCUGCGGAUCCCCAGCCUGAAGCUGCGUGUUCGGGGAAGGAAGGAGGUGUUUGAGGCCAAUUUAAAAACAGAGACUGAACUUUGGAACCUGAUGGUCAAAGAGAUGUGGGCCGGACGCAACAUAGCUGACCAACACAAGGACCCCCAGUACAUGCAGCAGGCUCUGACCAAUGCCUUGGUAAUGGACGCUGUGGUGGGCAGCCUUCAGAGCAAUAAGGCCAUCUACGCUGCCUCUAAGCUGGCUCACUUUGACCGCAUCAAGAUGGAAGUUCCAAUGAUGGUUCCCAAGACAACAGCAGAGACGCUAAAGCACAAAAUUAACCCUUCGUUGGAACUCGCUGCACCUCAGGCUGUGGACGUACUCCUAUACACACCAGGUCAGUUGUGGGUGUCUGUGGGUGGGGGGAAGGUGAUGGUGUUUGAUGCCUCCAGCUGGUCCCUCACACAUACCUGUCAUGUCGGGAAUGCGAGACUGAACUGUAUGAUCUUAGUAGACAAGGAUCAGGUGUGGAUGGGAUCAGAGGACUCGGUUAUCUACAUCAUCAGCAUGGUGGCCAUGGUGUGUAACAGACAGCUGACUGAACACAGAGCCGAGGUCACAGGGCUGGCACUGGUCACAGGGCUGGCACUGGACGCCGACAAAUACAGUCAAAAGGUGGCGUACUCCUGCAGUGCUGAGGGAAGCGUUAUGGUCUGGGACGUCUCCACACUACAAGUGAAGAGACACUUUCGUCUCUCCUGUGAUCGUCUGCAGUCUGUCACCAGCUGUAAUGGAACGCUCUGGUGUUGCUCCAAGGACAGCAUAAUGGAAGUGUGGAGGAACGGAACAUUAAAGCAUCGGAUGAAUUUGCCAGAGCAACUGAAAGGAUCCACGGCUACAUUCAGCUCUACGCUGCUCUUACCUGAGACGGAGGAGCUGUGGAGCAUUUGUGUCGACUCAGGAGAGGUGUGUAUUUGGCAUAUUAAAGACACGACCAAACCGUUCCACCGGGUGGCUUUACCGGACUGCACCGGAUGUUACUGCAUGAUAAAAGUCAAAAACCAGGUGUGGGUUGGCGGUGCGGGCCGCAGUUCAACCAAAGGGAAGAUUUACAUCCUGGACAUGGAGCACUACCAGGUCCUGAAGGAGCUCCACGGCCACACCGACAAAGUGACGGCGCUCUGCUCGGCCGAGGAUCGGUACGUCCUCAGUGGAGCCGGCAAACACGACGGAAAGAUCGCCAUCUGGAAGGUGGAGUAGAGAGGUGGAGUCGGCUCUUAAUGCCUCAGCGGUGUUAUAAAGAACUCUGGGACUUCCUGUGAGGUGUAAAGGAUCACAGAAACUUGGAAAAUGGAAGGAAGGUCCGAGCUUGGAAAGCACAACAGAGAGCAAAGGAUCACAGCCUGGUCACAGAGAUACUGUAAGAAGGAAGGGACAAGUUUACAUGAAGUAUCACCAACCGGGCACAUUUUACUGCCUGUUUGGAAUAAACUGAUGAUGUUUUUUUCAGCAAUAUGAAGGAUAAAUGUAGACUGAAAAAAAAAAAAAUGAAAUGUGAGCUCGAAUUCUGCUGGAUGUUUUUUAAAGUUUGUCCUUUUUUCGUGCUGUUUGGCCGCCACUACUUUAAUCACACCAGUGUGAUGUGGGAACACUGUGUGACUGAGCCUCACCUCCAGCUGUGCUUUUGAGGUUGUUAGAGUAUUCAGAGGAGUCAAACUACUCUGAAAACAAAACCGUGGCUGGAGAUUUCACCAUCACUGUGGGAAAGCCCCGAUAGAAGCUUGUUUUGACAGUUUAUGCUUUAAUAUAAAGGCGAUGUGAUGAUACACGAUGAUGAGAACUGGACUGAAACUCUGUAGGAGUGUCAGAGCAUCUGACUAAAACAUGUUUAGUCCUGCAGCAACUGCAAUAUGUUGGACCACACAAAGUAAGAGCUGACUACAAUACCCAGACUGUAGGCCAGUUACUUUAUUAUUCAACACAUUUUUUACAUUUUUGCCUUUGUUUAUAUUCCUACCGGAACAAUUUCAGCCGUGAAAGAUCAAAAUCCCUGUAAGCAAAUAUUCCUUCACAUAUUUAUGUUAAGUCAAAGGAGCUGUCUAUAAAAUGCCUCACACAUAUUAAAAUAUAUUUAUGUUCUCUAAAUGUUUUAUGUCCUGAACACUUUAUAAAGAUUUCAAGCUAGAUAUUUUUAUUACAGUAGUCUUAUUUGUACAUUAACCAAGUGAAAGUGGACAGACUGACAUUAUCGCUUCUUCUUAUAUACAGAACGUCAAGUUUUCUCUUUAAGAUGUCAACUUCGUUUUGCUUCACAGGACUAUUUUUGUCACCAGAGGUUAAAUCUAAAGCCAUCUUUUAUUAUUGUAUUUAUACAUUGUAUAUAAUGUGGGAUGUGAACUCAUGUUCUUCUUUUGUAAACUGAACUGAUGCCAAUGCAACAACUCAACUAUUGUAUUUGUAUAGAUUUUUUCAGUGACUUUUGUAAGACUUCAUGUUAAACUGUAUAUUAUCUCUGAGGACAGUAACACCAUUUUUAACCAAUACAUUUCUUAAAGAAA